GUGAGAUUUUGUACUCCAACUCCCAGCCUGCAUCGUGAGGAGGCUUGUGGGUAGGGGACGCGAGGGUUUCGGUGGCAAGUGAAGCAAAUGUUUUUUCCAGGAGUCCCCUCUGGCUGGAGGCGGGGACUAGCCCUGCUUAUAUUGGGCUGCCCCUGUUCGGCAGCGCUGCAGACGCUUGGGACUCCCGCUGGCUCUGUUCUUGUGAUACAGCGGCGGCGGACGGAGCCGAGUCUCCGCAGAGACACUUUGUUUUGGGGACGGGGAAAAGUUGCUUUCAGAUCGGCCAGCUGGGGACGGUACUCCUGCGAGCCCAGCGCCUUUGCCCCUCGAUUGCAGGGCGAGAGCGAAGGUCCCUGCAAGUGACAAGAGAGGCGGAAACAACCCCGAGAGCAGCCGGGACUGGGGUCGCCGGUGAGGAUUUCGGAGCAGCAUGGACCCCGAGGCGGCAGAGAAACCGGCCGAGCCGGGCGAUUGCUGGAAAUUCUCCGUCAUGUAUCUGUGCUUUUACGGCUUCAUGAUCCAGGUUAAGCCAGCAGAGAGCUUCAUCACUCCUUACCUCCUGGGACCAGACAAGAAUUUUACCAGGGAGCAGGUCACCAAUGAGAUUACGCCAGUGUUGUCGUACUCCUACAUGUCUGUGCUGGUGCCCAUCUUCCUGCUGACGGACUACCUCCGCUACAAGCCGAUGCUCAUCCUGCAGAGUCUCAGCCAUGUGGCCAUCUGGCUCCUGCUGCUCUUUGGAACCACAGUGCUUCAGAUGCAGUUCAUGGAGUUCUUCUACGGGAUCACCAUGGCCGCCCGCAUCGCCUACUCCUCGUAUAUCUUCACCUUGGUCACGCCCAAGUCGUAUCAGAAGGUGGCCAGCUACUCUCGCUCCUCUGUCCAGCUGGGCGUUUUCGUCAGCUCGGUGCUCGGCCAGCUCUUUGUCACGCUAGGGAAUAUGCCCUUCUGCACCAUGAACUAUAUCUCCCUGGGCUGUGUGACCUUUGCCUUCACCCUGACCCUCUUCCUGAAGAGGCCCAAGCGGACCAUGUUCUUCAACAAGAAGGCCCUGGAAGCCAACGGGGCCGUCAAGUACGAGGUGGAUGGCACACAGCCUGCCUCCAUCACGCUGGUCAGCCAGAAACCCAAGGUUCACCGGAAGUGGGACUGGCGAGAUUUGGCACUGGUGAAGAUGAUGAUGGAGCUCAAAAAUACUGUGCGAUCUCACCGGUUGAAGUUGUGGUCCCUCUGGUGGAUUUUUAACUCCUCUGGCUAUUACCUGGUGGUCUACUACGUACAGAUCCUCUGGGAUGACAUAUAUCCUUCCAGGGAAAACAGAGGCGUCUACAACGGAGGCGUGGAUGCUGUAGCAACACUACUUAGUGCCAUUGCGUCUUUCUCUGCGGGUUAUGUGACCCUGCGCUGGUCACUGUGGGCGGAGGUGGUGAUCUUCAUCGUCACGGCAUUACAGGCUGGACUCCUCUUCCUCAUGAACACCACCAACAAUAUCUGGAUUUGCUACAUGGGUUUCGUCCUGUUCCGGAGCAGCCACCAGUUCCUGGUUCCCAUUGCGAUUUUUCAGAUCGCUGCCUCAUUGAGCAAGGAGCUCUGUGCUCUGGUGUUUGGAAUCAACACAUUUCUCGCCACCAUAUUAAAAACCAUCAUCACCUUAAUCAUCGCUGACAAGCGUGGACUGGGACUGCACGUCCAUGACCAGUUCUUCUUUUACAUUGGAUACUUCUCACUGCUUGCAAUCAUCUACCUUGGCCGAGGACUGUAUAUUUUUGGUACCUACUACCGGGAGUGCAAAGACAACAGCUCACAGAAGGUGGAGACAACUGACAGCCCAACUGCAGAGCCGAAUCGGACUGAUGAUCAGGCACAAGAGGCGGCCCCAAAGGCUUGAAGCGGACGAAGGCCAUCACGGGCUGGUGGCAGUGGGUGGGAAGGGGAGGGGUGGGCUUAUCUUAUGUGCCUUAAGGUAAUAUCAUAAUGAAGGUGACAAAGCAAGAGUUUUGUUUUUGGAAUGGGUGGGAGUUUCUUUUUAAAAUGAGAAAGAACACGGUUGUCUACAACACCAUGAUGGCUUGGUCACAUUCCCAGAACUGGGCCGUCACCUGAACAUCAGGCGUGCACAGGAAGCUCCCAGGAGACGACGCCCACACAAGACGUGACAUUGAAAACAGUUGCUGAUUGCCGAGGCCUUCACAGAUGGAGGGGGUGAGUCAGCAUCUCCCUGUGUGAAAGGUUGAUAGAGAAUGUGUGACUGGGUUCUAUGGCCUCUGCUGUCCUCUUUCUCUCACACACGCACACGCACGCACGCACACGCACACACACACACACACACACACACACGCACACACACACACACACACACACACACACACACACACACACACACACACACACACACACACACACACACACACACACACUGUCCCCUCACCCUAUCAUCACUAGACAUGCCAAGUCAUCACUUGGACCUCAACUGGCCAGUAAAUUGAGCCCCAGGCUCCUUGUCAGCUGAGGCCAUGUGUCUACAGAGGUGCAGUGAAGCGGAGGCAAAGAAGGCAGUGGGUUGGAUUUCAAUUAAAUUGAGCUCUUGCCUCCCAAUGUGAAGUCCUGGGAAUUAGAUUACACAGGGCCAGUCACUUUACUGUUGAAGUCAAUAAUUUCAGGACUAUGCACUUUAACAGGGACAAGAAAGAUUAAUCUUCGUUUUGACUUAGUGAGUUGACUGCCCCCCCCACCUUCCCCACCCCACCCUCAACCCUGGGUGGCAAGGACUGCUAUCUACGGGCAAAGAGGAGGUAGAUCUCCAGUUGAACUUGGGUGGAUCUGUCAGAUCUAAGUUCUCCUUUGUGUGAGGUGCUUUAUGUGUGUGGCCAUACAGAGAACCCCUAAAAGCUUUGUCCUGUUAAAGGUGGAGACAGUCCAAUUUUCCCAAACAGUAUUCUCUUCCUGCUGGCUAGAAGCCAGUAGAAUAAAAUGAUUUGUGUGGCGUGAUUCCACUUCCAAGCCCAAGAUAGAAUGAAGACCAAGUUGACUGCAGGGUAGCAUGCUUCAGUCAAAACCACUGAGCUAGUAUUAAAAUCUCGUUUUAGCCUGUAUUAGAUGCUGGGAGAUUUGGUUCAUGAAUAGGAGUUCAUAAUAUUGUACCUGCACUUUUGAAAUUAAUGUGUUUCCUUCAGCACUUUAGAGCAUCAGAAUCCUCUCAUCUGUGAAUGUUCAGCAUGCCAGCAAGCAUACUGUAAAUUAAGCAAAAAAAAUACACGGGGAUUCCAAAAGUGGAGAGUUGCGAGUGGGUUUGGGAUGGAGGCAGCUAGGUAGAAAUUUGGAUUAUUUUUAACAGCAAGGAACAUAAAGCAAAUUAUAUUUUCAUAUACCAAAACCCACCUUGCAUUGCCUUGUGCAUUUGAUGUUUUCUCCAGAGUGGGUAUCCUUCGUAUACCUGUCUGAUUUGGGCUUUAUAGGGUGCAGUUAUCACUUACUGAUUAAGUGCCUAGUGGAAGGUCUACUGUCAUCCAAGAAUAAGUGAAAGUGACUGAGAGAUGCACAUCUGCUCAUUACCUCUCCUGGUUGCCUGCUUUCAGAUGUCUUGUCAAGCACACAAGACUUUGUGCUUGAGACGAAUACACACCUGAAAGAACAAAACUAAGGCCUCAGUAGGAAUGUUUUUCACUUUUUCAUAUGUUGCAAUCUCUUUUUUUUUUAAUUUCAUGUGCCCACAGUGCAGAUAAAACGUUCUCUGCUGACCGCUGUUUGUGAAGUCGCUCUGGCCAGAGUCUUUGGAUUAAAAGCAGAGGAAUGAAACAUGUUCUUUAUUUAACCCAAAGACAGUCUGGAGCAAGCACGCGGAAGGGAACAGUGUUGUGGAUUUUAUUUUGGAACUGGGUUAAUGUGUAGGAGGUGGUGGAUUAAGGGCAGUGACCUGCUGAGGUCCUGAGGUUUCUCUGUAGGCGUUCUGAGGGCAAAGGCAUCACUGUUCAGGAUGCACACGGCCUUGCAAGCCAACGCCUCCUAACAUAUUUUCUAUUUAUGCCACAGAAACGUGUUAUAAACAAGAGCCCAGUCGUCACUGAGCAGCAUUACAAGUGAACAUCUGGCUUGCCUUUUUGCCACUGCCAAUAAUUACUUGUCUUGCAUCCCUCCCAUUCCUGCCCUCUGUGGCCAAUCUCAGGAGAACAUAAUCCCAGGAAGCCAGAGCUGUUACUCGGCUUAAGUCACAGUAAAAAAAAAGGCUGGGCUCAGCUUCUCUUCUGUGCCAUUUCCCCAGAGCCUCAAUGUUUAUAUAUUUCCACUUAGUAUACUUUUAAUGAUCCAGACAGCACGACUCUCUCGGGUAAAGAAUUCCAUAGAUUCACUUCCCUUUGAAAGAAGAACUUUAAACGUACCUAUGUUUUAAAUGAACAGCUCCUUGUCUUGAAACUACAGUAUAUCCCUCAUUCAGCAUUCUCCCACUUGUGGAAAAAGUCUCAACACGUCCCCUUUGGAGUUUUUUUUGUGUCUCAAUAACAUUGCCCCUUUUUCUCGUAGCCUCCAAUGAACAGGUGCAUACAUUUCCAGCCUCUCAGUGUCUGUAAUCAGUUCUACCAAGCCAUCCUCCGAAUCAGAAUGUUGUGAGUGCAGGGUCCUGCCCAGAUCAAACAGAGUCACAAGGCCUUUUCCCUUUAGGGGCAGGCAUGUAGGUGCAGCUGGUAGAACCUCCCACCUCGCAGCACCAGAUUUGUAGGUUCAGUCCUGACAUCCACACUGUUUGCCCAAUCCCUCUGCUACUGUGUGGGCUUCCUCUCACAACCCAAAGAUGUUGAUGUUGCUGGGUUAAUUAGCCAUAGGAAAUUGCCCUGGAGUGUAGAUGAGUACAGACUCUAGGGAGUGGUGGUAAACUGAUGAGUGAUUAAAAAGGAAGAUUAGUGUAGGAUCGGUGUCACAGUGCCUCAGUAUUACAUUAGAAUCAGAACUUAAGCUGCCUAUUAAUAUGCUGGUAAUGGAUUCCAAACUCUGAGGCAGUAAGGCUUUUAACACUGUCAAUGAAUAUGAUUCUGCCCGUGCUGGAAAUCUUGAGCAAAACCCGUAUAAAUGCUGGAGGAACCUCGAGGGUCAGGCAGCAUCCGUGAAGGGGAUGUUUUGAUGUUUUGGGCCAAGACCCUUCAUCAGGACUUAAUCAGGAUUUAAUGCUGUCAAAUUAAUGUGCAUUUUAUGUCAUGCAGUAAUCAGCUUAGUUUUUUAAUGAUACAGAAAUUCGAAGCACUCCAGACCUCAAAGUAUACAAGCUGGCUCUGUGAAUGAUUUCGGCAUAUAGGAAUGUAUAGUACUGUUGUGUCCCAGUGUCCCUUGUGUCCCCUUUCCUACUGGAAUUCCAGGGCCUGGCCUGCAGGAGAUAUGGACCGGUGCACAGAUAAAGGGCUUGCACUGGCCGAGACUUGGGGAAAGAGCACAGGUGAAUUUAAACACAAAGGGGGGGGGGGGAGAGAGAGGAUGAGAUGCAGGGGAGUCGUGUAAGAAGUGUGCAGCAUAACUGGCCCUUGAACAACUGCAGCUGUGUGCUGCAGACUUGAUGUUGUGUGUUCCCCAACGCAGUCAGCCUCUGUCUCGUCAUUUCUUUUAAUUGGUACACUGAACAAUGUAGCUACCCAAAUAACUUACCUUGCUACCUGCAUAGGUUAGACCAGGCAGAAUGAACCAAGAUCUCCGUCACAUCUCUAAGCUUCCAGCUCUUUCAGAUAUCAAGCAAGCAGAGAUAAAGCGUCAAUUCUGUUUACAGAGUUAGUAGUCACUGCUGGGCCAUCUCUCGGAAUUGAGUUGCUCUGCUCUGCAAGCUCUUCCCCAGACGAGCCAGGAGGUGACUGAAGGGGCUGUGGGUGGGCAGUUUGUGAGAUGGCGUGUUUAUUCCAUAGCUUAUAUUAUGGUCUUCUGAUGGAGGUUCUCAGUGUUAUCCCAACUAUUCCUUCUGCACUUUGAAUGGUCCCAGUCUGAGGAAUUCUCAGGAAUCACAGGGGAAUGCUUCAUUUAUUCCAGGAGGCAUUGAGAAUAUUCCCUGUUCCCAGGUAAUCAGCUGUUUGGAAUUGAGUGCCUUGUGUUGUGAAUGGCAUGGUCUUCCCAUCUGAGCUGGCUGGAUGUAACUAGGCUCUGGUGUCAGGGUCAUUAGACUAGAAGAGGAUGCUGAUGUUAUUUUGCUCAUGCUGCCAGUGGGUUUGGAGGAUUUUGUGGAACAGUGUUGGUGGUAGCUCCUUAGUGCAUCAAAUGCCUGCUCUAGGUAGACUGGGUCUCAGACGUCUGCAGAUGGGCAGGCAUCACUGCUGUCCAAUGGACCGCGAACUUAGUGCUAUUUCUGACCACCUCUUUUACACUGACUCUUGUAUUCCUUGUUGCUUGUAAUGCCGAUGGGAGAGGCUACGUUAUAUCUAAUGGAGUGCAAUAGACAUUCUGUUACAUGGCCAGUCUCACAAUCAAGUUUAUACUGUGUGGUCAUAGCCUGGUCAAUUGCCUUUACUCUGGGUAGUGUUUAGAGAUGAUCUCUCAUUCCAUCCUCCCACUAUAGUUCUACGGGUAAAUGCAUUUCAUUUUACAGCGCAGUUUUAUAAAUUAGAAUUUAAGAUAAACACUAUGAAACUUUUGUUUGCAGUAUUUUGUAAGUAAAACUAUUUGCAACUGUAUCAAAAUAAAUCUGUAACAUUUAAGCUAAAUUAUAUUGCAGGAUUUACUGGAAUUUUUGCAUUUGAUUGCACUGUUCCCAAUCCUUGCUGCUUGCAUUGUGCUAUAUUACAUGUGCACAAAUAUUAAUUGUUUUAGGGUUAUGAGGUUUCCAAAUGUUAGAAGCCAAUGUCUUGGAAUUCUGUUUGAUUGUGUUCAACCCCAUCCUUCCCCGUUCCUACACCAGCUCCCAAAUUCUGACCCAGUGAGAUGCGGAAUUCUUCCCAAAUCCAGGAUCUCCCAGAGCCCUUUGGGCUGAUGAGUGAGAUGGAAUCAUUGUCUGAAGGCAGGGAACCGGGCGGCAAUUCUUUCAGAAGCAUCGUUGUGCCCGCUCUUCCACAUUGGUGAAAUUAGCUUAUUGGCCAGGGCACCAGGAGGAACUCCCCUAAUCUUUCCUGAAAUAGAACCUCCUGUGCAUUGACACCUAGAAGACUGCACCUUCGGCAGUACAGCACUACAGUGAAAGGGCGAGUUUGACGUGCCUGCAGCCUUUCGUUUAUUUGGAGGGAAGAGUUCUUCAAACUCCGUCAGCUGGCCUCUAAGUAGAUGCCCGUCGUCAGCAACUGCCAUUUCAUUCUAGGGCAGAACCCCUUCAGAUUCCAACCAGCCAUUAAGCUUCCUCGUGUCACACACUGCCGAGUGGACUCCCGGUAAAGUGCCACUCCUAUUGGUUAAUGAGGAAAAUUGUAAAAAAAAGGCCUAGUCCCGAAUUUGACAUUAGAGUGCUACACAAACUCCGCCUGUGGAAGGGAAACCUCUCGUCUGCUUAUAGCAUUGCAGAAACUGCCCUCAUCUCAAAAUAUCCAUGGGCCGGUUUAGCAGUAUUAUUUUUAACGUGUGCACUUUUUUUUUGUAACUUAAACCAAUCUGUAUUUCUGAAACAGUGUGAAGAUUUUGAAGCUUUAUUGCUAAUUAUUUGUUCUCUAUAUGCAAUGGUAUAUUUUACAUUGUAAUUAUUGAUUUAUUAAUAAAUGAAGUAUGGAAUUUAUGACA